GCCUUGACCUAUUAAUUUCUUUGGCUGCCGCAGAGACGGGGGAGAGAGACAACGAUGGUUUCGUUAAAGUUGCAGAAGCGUCUAGCCGCGAGCGUUCUCAAGUGCGGGAGAGGUAAGGUCUGGCUCGACCCCAAUGAAGUCAACGAAAUCUCCAUGGCCAACUCCAGGCAAAACGUAAGAAAGCUGGUGAAGGAUGGUUUCAUCAUCAGGAAACCAACAAAGAUUCACUCACGCUCUCGCGCACGCAGAAUGAAGGAGGCCAAGAGAAAGGGACGCCAUUCUGGAUAUGGUAAACGCAAGGGUACUAGGGAGGCAAGAUUGCCCACCAAGAUUCUUUGGAUGAGGAGAAUGCGUGUUCUGAGGCGCUUGCUCCGCAAAUAUAGGGAAUCAAAGAAGAUUGAUAAGCACAUGUACCAUGAUAUGUACAUGAAAGUGAAAGGUAAUGUCUUUAAGAACAAGCGGGUGCUGAUGGAGAGUAUCCACAAGUCAAAGGCUGAGAAGGCAAGAGAGAAGACAUUAUCUGACCAGUUUGAGGCAAAGCGUGCUAAGAACAAGGCAAGCAGGGAGAGAAAGUUUGCCCGGAGGGAGGAACGGUUGGCUCAGGGACCUGGAGAGAGAGCACCUGCAUCCGCACCAACACCUGCACCAGUUCCUGCAGAGAAAGCUAAGAAAUCCAAGAAGUGAUCAUUGAGAUACCUCCAGAACUAAGGCUGAAGGCUUCAUUGUGAUACCUGUCAAUGAUCUUAGUUUUCUGCAGGAGUUUGUUCUUACAACUAUCAUGUUUAUGUUUUUUUGGUCAAUUUUACUAUUCACAAAUACUGAGAUCUCUGCAAGCUGUAGUUUCCUUCUCUAUUAGUUGAGUAACAGUAUUGUUUUUGGUUGUGGUGAAUGGUUGAGUCGUCCUCGUGCUGGUUUAAAUACUAGUAUGAGCUAACUCUAUGAUGAUAAAUGGAUGAUAAUACAAUCUAUCUAAUCCUUUGAAAUACCUCUGUAUACCUGAGGAUAUUGAUGUGA